UCCAUGAACCACGUGACUUCCGCAUUUCGUCCAUGAACCGUUACGUCUAACAUACAGACUGUAGAAAUGGUUCGUUUCAUGAUCGUGUGGUUCUGCUGGACUCUCAGUAUCGGUUCUGUCUCUGCUGAAGACGUCACACGUUAUUCUGGAGAGAACGUCACUCUGAACUGUAAAACAACAACAACUACUGGGAACAAACCUGUAGCUGUGGAGUGGAACAGAACCGAUCUGGGGGAGGAAUUUGUUCUUCUGUUCAGAGACGAUCAGAUUGAUCCAUCUAUCCAGCACCGAUCUUACAAGAACCGAGUGGAUCUGGCAGACAGACAGAUGAAGGAUGGAAACGUGUCUCUGGUUCUGAUGAACGUGACGACCAGCGAUAAUGGAACAUAUGAAUGUCGAGUUCAAAAUCAAGGAAGCCUGGAUCCUGAACUGAUCAGAACCAUCAACCUGCAUGUUUCCCUUCAUCCUCCUCCAGGAGACAAGAACUCAGGAAACCAGGAUGGAUCCAUCGGACUGAUAGUUGGUCAACAUCACAGCUGAUCAACUUCCUGAUCUGAUCAAUCAUGAUGUCACUCAUAUACAGGCCUGACAUCCACUGAUGUGAAAUGGACCAUAAUCCAUGUCUCUGGAUUAUAAUCUGCAGAACUUCCAUCAGUAAAAUCUUUCUCAGAUGCGUCCAGGUUGGUGAUUUAAAUGAUGCGUCAGUCCCAGCAGCAUCAGCUGAUUUUGGGCCGUUUGUUAUUGAUCCAUUUCACAUCAGUGGAUCCAUCCUCACCUUUAAUCUGAGGAGCAGAAAAGUGUUUCCUGGUCAUUUGGUGAUAAUCUGAGGAAAAUCCUGAAUGUCUGCAGACAUGAAGCUUCAUCAGGAUCCAUGUUGCAGCAAGAGAAAGAAAAAUGUUGGAAACAUGAAGAAUAAU